GCCCAUGCAGGCAGUCGAGCCGUGUCCAAACCUGCUCACCUUGUCUGCUGCUGAAGUAAACCAGCAGUACAUACCUGCAUUAAGGAUACUGAAACAUCUACCGCCUCUCCAUUUUUCUCAAACUCUCUCUCUAUAAACAGGCGUGUUUCUGUCUAAAUUACACUUGUAUUGUUUAAAUAGCAGAUAUGUCACUCCAAGUGUUUUAUGCCAGCGUGAGCGGGAACAUGAAGAUGAGGAAAAACCAGGAUCGAAUCUUCUCUGUCCUGGACUCAAAGAGCAUCGAAUACGAAAAAGUGGACAUCACUCAGGGUUCUGAUGCCAAGGAUUUAAUGAGGGAGAAAGCAGGAGACCCGACUGCACUGGCCCCUCAAAUAUGCAAUGGAGGCAACUACUGUGGGGACAUUGAUGCUUUUGAGAAUGCCGUUGAGAACGAACAAUUAGAGGAGUUUCUGAAACUCUAAAGAUGGAGACCAGCUAUGGGGCAACUCACAAGUCACACUCCUAUACUCACUGCAAUAUCUUCAUAUCAGGUUCAUCCUACUCUGAGAAAUAAUUGAAUCUAUGAAAGACUAUAUUAAAAUGUUUUUUUUUCUUUUAUUUGAUUGAAAUUGAAUUCAUAUUUGGUGAAUGUUUUUUUUUUUUAAAGAAGUAAAUGUACGAUUUUCAGUGAAAUCAA